GCACAUGCAUAUCCGCCUCUUCCUUCCUUUAGCCCCACCACGGACCCCAAUCCCCCACCACCACCUCUGAACUGCGGGCCUCACGAAUCCCGGCGGAGAUUCCAAUUUCAGUGCAGAGAGAGAGACAAAAGUCUGUUAAACAAGGAAAAACCCAAAAAACCAAAUAAUGUGCCCGAUAAAACACAAACAAAAGCACCACCACCACCGUAGCGCCACCGCGACCGCCACAGUGGAAGACUGGAGAGAGGAAUCGAUAAAUGGGGGAUCCUUAAAACACGUAGACCUCCAGAAUGGAUCCAAUGGCUGGGCCUCGCCUCCGGGUGAAAUAUUCUCUCUCCGGGGACCCAAUUACUUUGCCAAGAAAUCCAAAGUGCCGGCAGGUGAUUGGUUGCUGAACCCGGCCGGAGUUGACUGGCUACGAUCCAAUUCCAAGCUCGAUCACGUUCUUUCCAGGCCCGAUAACCGUGUAAUGGCUGCUCUGAGAAGCUCGAAAACUCCGGACAAAUCAUCCAAAACCUUCAUUGUCGCGGUAAAUUUACAGGUUCCCGGCCGGGAUAAUCACAGUGCGGUAUUUUACUUUUCCAGUAAAGUGGAUGAGCCCAUUAAUCCAAAUUCACUACUUCAUCAAUUCAUUCAUGGGUCUGAUGCAUUUAGGGAUAGUAGAUUCAAGAUAGUGAAUAAAAUUGUGAAAGGACCUUGGCUUGUGAAAACUGCGGUGGGGAAUUAUUCCGCUUGCUUAUUGGGUAAAGCUUUAAAAUGUCAUUACCAUAGGGGACCAAAUUAUUUGGAAAUAGAUGUUGAUAUUGGUAGCUCAGCUAUUGCCACAGCGAUUUUGCGUCUUGCUUUGGGAUGUGUCACCACGGUGACUGUCGACAUGGGGUUUCUGGUAGAAUCGCAAUCUGAGGAGGAGUUGCCGGAGAGAUUGUUUGGGGCGGUGAGGAUUUGUCAAAUGGAAAUGAGUUCUGCAACCUUUGUUGAUAGUGCUACGCCUUCCAGUAAAGUCUUGCCAAUGAAUAAUGGAGGAAGUGAAAAUGAAGAUGAUUAGAGGGGUUGUUAUUACUCUGAUUAAGUAAGUUUCUGAAUUUUCAUAUUGGCAAUGGUGCACAAUGAUCUGUUAAAUUGAAAUCCAUUUUCAAUGGAGAGUGAUGGAUGUGGAUAAUAACUGUUAGGUGAAACUGUUGCAUUAUUUUUCUGCACUUUGAAAAUAAUUUCUUUACUCUCAACUAGAGUUUAUAAUUCUAAUUGCUGCUUAAUUUUCCAGUCGCUGUGUGAUAAAAUGGUUUCAGAUGGAAAUGCAAGAAAUUACUGGCAUUGUUCUAAUUCUGGAAGAUAAUAUGUAUAUCGUGGUUUUGUAAAUGGACUAUGACAUGCCAUUUAAAGACUAAUUUGGAAUGCGAAAUUUGUUUUCAGGAGCCAGUUCUUUCUAUGAUGCCAUGAUAAACUGGCAUUUGCUUAUGGUGUUUAUUAAUUAUAUGUCCUGGCCUAUUUGUCUUGCUUGGUAUGAUCCGACAUGCUUAGAUAAUAGAAAUGACAAAUUGCAGUAUUAUUGUCAGCCUUUCUUGGUUAAAUAUGUGUUAGAAGUUGGGAGGUCUUUAAUGAUUCUAUCGGGAAUGUUCUUAGUUGCAGAGGAAACCAUAAUCCUUUGUUAGUAUCCUCACAUUCUUCUGAUAAUAUUUGGAAGAAAAUUGUCUGGUCGCUUUUGAGUCGUGAGAACUUGCAAUUGGAUUGUUGGCAGAAUAGUUUGCGGAAUUCACCAAUAUUCUGAAUUGUAUGUCUCACUUUUGCUUGAAGGUGACAAGCCAUUCUUUAGGAGUGAUAUGAAUAAAGAGUUUUCGCAACUAGCAUGGGAAUGUACUUUGUAAUUGACCUGAGUUUAAGUUAAACAUUAUUGAUCCUAGCUUGCCUCUUACUACCAAUUCAAGAAAGAAACCAAAUGCGGCAACUGGCAAUCAAUAUUCAUAUUAUUGAUCUUAUGGGUGUGAGCCGAAUUGUUACUCUUUAGUUCUGAAUGUAUUUUUGUUUGUUUUGUUGCUGUUUGGUUUUGAGUAAAGAUUGGAAUAUGGGAUUGGAUUGAUUAAUUGA